AUGGCGCCCGGCUCCCUGCACCUGCACCUGCGCUUCCUGUCUGCCUGUCUGGCCGUGGGUCUGGCUGAGUCCAUCACCAUUCUCUCUCAAGCAUGGUCAGCCUCCGCGCCCCACUCCUGGGCAAGGUCCAGGGCCACAGUGUUUGGACAGCGCUCGCCCCCUUCACUUCCACCGCGCUCACCCCGAAGUCCCUGGAAACUUCCCUCUAGCUCUAAAUCACAAGGACUUCGGAAACCAAAAGUCCUGGCGGUGUCACGCGCCGGAAUUCCUCCUUACCCUUCCUCCGCGGCGAGCCUUAGCGGCAGGUCACCCCCCAAGCGCCCUGAAGGCGCGGCGCCCGCCAUCCCGCGCGAGGCGGACUUGGACCCCGAGCUGCAGGCGCCUCGGCCUCCGGGCGCUCAAGCGCCCGCCUCGGGACACCCGCGUGCCCGCCUCCAGCCUCGUCCGGGCUUCUCAGCUCGAGUCCCGUCGAGGCCCGCCGCUCCGGGCAGCGUCCCCGCCCUCCGCUCCGCCCCAGCGUGGCUCGGCGGGCGCUGGCGGAGGCGCGGGUCCACGUCCCCAGGAACCGGGCCGACGCGAGGGCGGGGCGGGGGCCGGCGGCCGGCCCCGGGGACAGCCCGCCCCCCGCCCCCCGGCGCCGCGGCCCGGGCCCGGGCCCCCGAAAGGAAGGAGGGCGCGCCGGCGGCGGCGCCGCACUUACCGCGCUCUGCCCGCCGCGUCCACCCGAGCAGCGCGCGCGCACAGCCCCGGGCCGCGUUCGAGGAGCCGGGCGCGGGGGGACCCGCCGGGGGGGGGCGGGCGGGGCGUUACAACUUCCUUCCCGGCCCGGCGGCGAGGGACGCGGCGAGGGGCAGCGCGCGCCGGGCGCCGCGGAGUUCACUUUCUCGUCUCCCCCGCGCUCCCCCCUCGCCCGCCCGCCCGCUCCUCCGGCCCCCCCCACCCCCGCGCGGCAGGCGAGGCGGGGCCGGCGUUUUCGCUCCCGGGGCCGCCCGGGAGCCCGAGGAUGGAGGCGGCGGGGGAGGGGACGAGGACGAGGGCAGGGCGGGCGGGCCGGGACCUUAA